AUGCCCACCUCCAAGCGCAAGCGCGGCCACUCCGACAAUGCUGCUCGGCAACGAGAUGACAGGUCGGUAGAUGCACAUGCUGGUAUCGAUCUCGACGACGCUGAAAAGCUUCCAUCCCGCCUCGAUUCACUAUAUCUCCCACGCUCGGGACUGUCCUUCGUCGCCGACGAAAAGUGGGGCCGCGUCCCUUUUGGCGCAUCCUCGCGGUCGAUAGGCCAGGUCGUAGCGCACCGUCGCUCGGCCCUUCAGCAUAACAUCGAGAGGGAGCAAUUUCGCAUCCGCCGCUCUCUUGGGGGCCACACCUCUUGCGUAAACGCUCUCGCCAUCUCGCGAGGUCAGGGUCGCUGGCUUGCCAGUGGAGGCGACGACUGCGACAUACACGUUCGCGACCUCUUUCUCAACAUCGAUAGCAAUGACGACCCUGUUACGCCCAUCGUCAGCCUGCACGGUCAUCAGUCCAACAUCUUUUCCAUCUCGUGGGCAGCGCAAAACAAGUACCUCUUCUCCACCGGCAACGACAGCCAGAUCCUCUAUUACGACGUCGAGCAUUCCAGUAUGCCUCUGCGUUCAUACGUCGAGAAAGGGCCCGAAGCACGCAGUCCCCUCAAUCACGGCUCAAUCGGUGGCCACGACGAUUCGGUGCCCGAGAUCUCGGCUCACCCCACCAAUCCCAACCUGCUGCUCAGCUGCGACGAUGCCGGCAAUCUCAACCUCAUCGACAUCCGCCUUCCUCACGAGCGUGUCUCUGCCACUCGAUCCGACGCCAUUGCCGGCUUCUCGUCCGUGCAGUGGAAUCCCAACGAAUCGGAUGGCAACACCUUUGCUGCCGCCACGUGCGGUCGCAUCACCGGCAGCACGCGUCUUUAUGACGUGCGCCAGUGCUUUUCUUCCGACCCAGACCGGCCACUCUCCAGCAAAGAUGCCGUGCUCAACUACCACACUUCGCUCAUGCAGAACUCGUGCUCACGAGGCCUCAUCGCCGCUGCAGCCGAGACCAACAGCAUCUGCUUCGAUCCUUCGGGUCGCUUUCUCGCCUCGAGCGUCUCUCGCUACCGUCCCACCAUCUAUGCCAUCAACGAUCCGGAUCCUCUCGCCACGCUCGAGUCGUCCAUCGUAGAGGACCAUGUCCCCCCGCACAGUUUCAGACAUGCCGGCGUGGCUCCGGGCACUCCCGCCGCACCCAAGAAGCUCUCCUCGUGCUGUACCAUCAAGCACGGCUCGUUUGGUCUCGAACAGCAGACAGGCGAUCUGCAUUAUGCCAUUGGAAGCGACGACUUUCGAGCCUACAUCUUUCGCAUCCCGCCUGUCGAGGAUCUCAAGCUGCGCCGCGAGUUCGUCAGCCGCAAGGAAUGGCUUCGCGAGACCUCGCAGCUGCACAAGCAGCGUGCACCGGCACUCAAGCCUCACGGCCUCGAAUCCGAAACCAAAGCGUCCACCCAGAGACCAGGCAGUGAAGCUGAGGCCGUUGGGUCCGACGAGAGCGAUAGCGACUCGGACAUUGCCGGCGAGGGCGAGGUGGACCACGACUCGGAAGUAGCCUACUGCAGCGGCUCGAUUCUUCGCGCGGACAGGAUCGUGCGCCCCGCCAAACUAGAUCGCUUCUCUUACGUGCUCGGCGGCGGACAGAGCAUCGUCAACACGGCGCUCAUCCAUCCGACGCUGCCCUACAUCUUUACCGCAGGCAUCACAUCCGACAUCACUGUACAUUCCGCCGCACCGCUGCAUAGGCGCAAUUUGGGUCCUAAAGCGAGGUACCUCGCCACGAAGACCAACGGCGGUGGCACGCGUCCGCGGUUCCUACUGCCGCCAUCAGGUCUGUCGCUCCUCGGUCUGGAUAGCGACGAUGAGUCGGAUGCCGGAAUCUUGUCGUCCGGAGGAGAAGGCGAGCAACAAGACGACGAAGGUGACCAGGAUGAUGACCAGGAUGACCAUGAUGACGAGGACGACGAAGAUGACCUGGAUGACGAACUGGAUGACGACCAGGAUGACGACCUGGAUGACGAUUGGGGUGACGACGGCGACGAGGGGGAUAGCAGCGGCGUCAGAUCCGUCGCGAGAAGCGGCUUCGAUGAAGCUGACCGGACAGGGCGAAGCGCGAGCCAUGCGGAUGGGACCGAAGCCGGCGUGCAAUCCGACGACGCGACGGUGCACGAUUUUCUAGCUGCGAUGCGCACUGAUCCGAUGUAUGCUUCUGCCGCCCCGGCCGAACUCGACUUCCAUCACGACCGGCACAUUGGCACGUAUGCACUAUCGCAUCUUCCUUCGUCUCUCGUUCCGCCUGCCGAUGCAGAGUCUUUGUCUUUUUCGUCGUCGUCGCAAGCCUACGAUGACGGGGGGAGGACCAGCGACGAUGGUGAUGGCGGUGUGAGCGACGACGACGACAGCAGCAGUGCGAGCAGCGACGAUGACAAUGGUGAUGGCGGUCGCCCUGUGUUCCGCCGACGGCAUAGCCGCGACUCGAGCGACGAUGGCCAACUGUCGGCGAUGAUGCCUCCUGCGGCGCGACGAGAUGCGUCCACUCACGGCCUCGUUCAGGGUGGUGCCGACAUCGCAGCCGACAGCGCCUACGUGUGCGUCGUGUCAUCGCCCCGUCCGGCCUCCGGACGAAGGCGUUGCCACGUUGCUGGUGUUGGCGCUGGCGCUGGUGCUGGUGCUGGUGCUGGUGCUGGUGCUGGUGCUGGUGCUGGUGCUGGUGCUGGUGCUGGUGCUGGUGCUGGUGCUGGUGCUG